UGACUUAACUGCAUGACGUGUAUCAGUCCGCUGUGCUGCUGCUGCUGGCCAAGUAAGAGACCAGAUUAAAUUUAGUGUGUGACAACUGCUACCAGUAGUAUUCUACUCCUACUCAACACUAAUCAAUUGAUCUUUUGCUCGGUUUUUUUUCUUGGCGACGGCGGCGGCGAUGAACGAUGCGGCGGCGGUCACAUCCGAGAAGCGGAGGCGGGAAGAGCCUCUGGCGGCGGGGGCGGCGGCUUCCGCAUCGAAGAUGCGGCGGCGGGAUAAGCCGGAACCGCAGGAGGCCCCGGCGAGCGCGGACGACGAGGAUGCGACCCUCGACCGCAUCAGCGAGCUCCCCGCCGACAUCCUAGGCAGCAUCCUCUCGCUCCUCCCCACCAAGGAAGCCGCGCGGACAGCCGUUCUGUCCUCCGCGUGGCGCGACACCUGGCGAUCCGCCCCGCUCAACCUCGCCGUCGACGACGACCUCGCCGGGCAAGAGCGCAACCGCAUCACCGCCGUCUCCGAGAUCCUCGCCUCCCACCGCGGCCCCGUCCGCCGCCUCUCCCUUGACACCAUCCGCCUCGGCCGCGACCGCUUCGCCAGGUUCGACGGCUGGUUCCGGUCCCCCGCCCUCGAUGGGCUCGAGGAGCUCAACUUCUACGGAGACGGCACUCAGCCGCGGCUGCCUCCGCCGCGCCCGCUUCCCCUGCCGCCGUCUGCGCUCCGCUUCGGCCCCACGCUGCGCGCCGCCAGCAUCGGCGGCUGCGAUUUUCCCCAGAUUGAUGCGGCCCCUGUGCUCAGCUUCCCUAAGUUGAAGCGGCUCAAGCUCUACGAUGUCUGCAUCUCGGAGGCGGCCCUCCACGGCCUUCUUGCUGGCUGCACUGUGCUUGAGAGGCUUCAUCUUCAGGACAUUUACGGGUUCAGCACCGUCCGGAUCAUCUCGCCGACUCUCCGAUGCAUUGGUGUCUCUGUAUGCCCGAUGAACGAAGAACAUACAUUCCAGGAGCUUGUCAUUGAGGAUGCACCCUGCCUCGAAAGGAUGAUGCAAGUUGGUCCAGUGGUUCCAGGAAAAAUCAAGGUCAUUGCAGCGCCGAAACUGACGGUACUGGGGUACGUAUCAACCGAAAUGCACAAACUUUUGAUCGGGACCCUAAUUCUUAAGGAAAAUAUCCCCAUCCCGUUCACUGGGUCGGCAUGUACAGUGAAGAUUUUGGUUCUGGGACCUAGCAGCUCUAAUGGGGAGGCAUUUGUUGAAUUCCUUAGGUGCUUUCCCUGCUUGGAGAAGCUGUGCAUUCAGUCAUAUCUGGAGAAAGUUCGGGAAAGUGGCACACUUGUCGAUCCUAUCAACUGCCUUGAUCUGCAUCUCAGAGAAAUAGUACUGAACGGCUAUCGAGGCAAUAAACGCAAUGUUAACUUCGCCAAGUUCUUUAUUUUGAAUGCAAGGGUGCUCAAGGUAAUGAAAUUUGGUGUGUCUGGUAACUGCGACGAGAAAUGGAUUUCUAAUCAGCGCGAGCAGCUACACCUGGAUAACAGAGCUUCUACAGAUGCACAGUUUUAUUUCGGAAGAGAUGAUGUUACUUACCCUUUUUAUAUCGGAAGAGAUUAUGUUCCUUACCCUUUUUUCUACAACGAGCAUAUAUAUGGUUUGCAGAGUGAUGGCGAUAGGAAGAAACUGCCGGAGGGAUCGUCGGCGCUUCAACAGAAGGUGGUGCGAGCUCAUGAUGCAGCGCGCGCCGCGCCGGCUGGUGGUCUGCCGAUCCUUUUUUUUCAGUACUAAAGGAUGGCUGGAUGAAGAUCUCAUAGAGGUAUUUGAUAUUUUUGCUGCCAAACAGUCAGGUAUUUGUUGCAUAUUUGUGGCCAACACUGCACAUAAUAUGAGAUAUGAAUACACUCAUGCUUUUGGUCUGUUCCCCAAACAGAACAGAACAAGAAAAAAGGAAAUGAAAGGAACAUGAUUCAACAUCGCUUGGAAUAUUUUGAGCUUGUUUGCAGAAGUUGAGCUAAUGGCUAAUGGGGGAUUGGGGGUAUUCUGUCAACCAAAUGGCAGAUGCAAAAUGGCGUAGGCGUAGCAGAGCUCUACAUUACAUACUUGCAUAGAGAUCAGAGACAUGGUUUUUCAAGUGCAGAGAUCUGUGCAGAAGAAUCAGGUAAUUUGCCUUUAUGUGCUUCACCUGCUCAUAGAACUCUGGUUGUUUUUCAUACAUGGAGUAGUAAAACUCUGGACUGGUUAUUCUUCAUAUAUGGAGUGGCAGGGGCCUUAAUAAAUACUCCCUCCGUCCGGAAAUACUUGUCGUAGAAAUGGAUGAAAGAAAAGACGUUUUUUGACACGAUGUUAAAAGAAAAGACAAUUUGGGUAGCAGGAGUUGCAAUUUGGGUAGUCAAAAGAAAAGAAAUAGAAAAAAAGGGCUCAAUUGCCGAGAUUUGAACCCGGGUCGCCUGGGUGAAAGCCAGGUAUCCUAACCUGGCUGGACGACAAUGGAUUGUUGAAUAGUUUUAAGAUUCCCUUUCUAUAUACCGAAUGAGUAGUAAGAAAAGAGCUUGUCCUUCGCCGGUGGACAUGAGGACCACGAUGGAAAUGAUGGCGCCCACAUUGUCAUCGUCCCACCGGGCCGCCGGAUGGUUCGGCGGCGGCGCAUAGGAGGCACAACUGGCGUUGUUAUCCUUCGUCCCUCGAAUCUGCGCCUCGGCGGCAGCCGUUUCCCGACGAGCGGCGGCUUGAGCACGGACGACAUCGUAGAUGGCACGCUGCUCCGCAACGACAUUGGGGUUCGCUGCGGCCAUGGCCUCCUCACUCACACGCUUGAUACGUCUCCAACGUAUCUAUAAUUUUUUAAUUGUUUCAUAAUAUUAUAUUAUCAAUCAUGGAUGUUUUAUAUGCAAUUACAGGCAAUUUUAUAUCAUCUUUUGGGACUAACCUAUUAACCUAGUGCCAAGUGUCAGUUUUUUUUUCUUGUUUUUGAUUUUCUAGGAAUACUCUACAAAAUAAAGUCCAAAUGCCCCGAAACUUUUUGACGAUUUUUUCCUGGACAAGAGAGACCCUAGAAGCUUCGGGAGGAGACCAAAUGUGCAACGAGGUGGCCACAAGGCACUAGGACGCGCCUACCGUCCUAGUACCUUGUGGGCCCACCAUGGGUCCGUUUGACCUAAUCCUGACUCUAUAAGUUCUCUAAAAUCGGGAAACCAAAAGAGAGCCGCCCGAAACACUUUUUCUGUCACCGCAAGUUUCUGUUCUCGACAGAAACCAUCUAGAGGCCUUUUCCAGUACUCUGCCAGAAGGGGAUUCGACCAUGGAGGGCUUGUACAUCAAUCCUGUUGUCCUUUCGAUGACGUGUGAGUAGUUUACCACAGACUACAGGUCCAUAGCUACUAGCUAGAUAACUUUUCUCUCUUUUUGAUCUUCAAU